GACCUUGGGCGGAAAACUAAUUUGGUUUUGGAAUAAACCUGAACCGAAUAUGGAAUUGUAGCUUGAGCCGGCCUCACGCUCGGGUCGGAUAGAAAACACGCCCUGAUUUUAUAGAAAAAGCGAGAUAAAGAAACUCCAAAUUUUCAAAUCAAACUCAAAACAGAAUGUCUAAAUGUCAAUUAAAUCUAUCGUUUCUAUUUCUUCAAUUUCUCGUCAUCCAAUUUUCGUCCACCGUUUCAGCGAUCAGGGAUAAUAUUGGUUUUCACGAGAAAACCUUGUGUAGAACCACUGUUCAAGGAAGAUAUUUAUUGUCUGAUGAUAACGGGUAUGUAUGUGAUGCUCUAUCUUUGGAUCCCCAGUCACAUUGCUGUCCUGUGAAAGGAGAGAAAUUUUCUUGUCAGGGAUGUGAUCUUCUUUCACAGUGUUGCAACUCUUAUGAAUUUUGUGUCUCAUGCUGUGUUAAUCCUGCACGAGUAUUUUCUUUGACUGCUCAAUUGACACAAAAGGAGCAAGUGCUGAAGACAAAGAUAGCUAAGCCUGCAACUGCUGGAACUUUUCAAAGUGUUUUUGAUUUUUGUGCUGGGAGGUGUCGCCAUAACUCUGAGAGUGUGGUUCACGAAAAUGCUUAUCGUAGUGAUUUUCAUCAUUGCUUUUCACUGCAGUCAAACUCUUCAGGGGCCAGUGUAAGCCAGCCAGAUACCAGGCUGAAUGGAAUUAACAUUUUUAUUGGAAAGCAAGGUGAUUCAUGUGAUUCAGUAUGCAAAUCAAAAGGACAGUCUUGUGUGGUAAAUAAGCUUCUGUUGCUUAAUCAAUGUGAUAUUAUCCAAAAGUAUUUCAGUUGCAAAGGAGGAUGUCUGGUAAGCAUGGGAGCAGAUCAACCUGCUGAAGUUGUUGAUGACGCUCCCAGCCAUUUGAAUCCCACAGCAUGCUUGUACACCCGAACACAAUCAAUGCUUUCUUGCGACGGUACACAUCAAUAUACUAGGAGACUUUGCCCUUGUGCUUAGUACAUUAUUUGUCUUUAUCAUCUUUUGUUGCGAACUUGAGAGGAAGAUUGACUUAGCUCUGGGAAAAGCUUAAUGUCGCAUAACUUGCAGACCAAGCCUGUUUCAAUGUACAGCCGACCAAUUUUGAAUUGUUUGGUGUACAUGCUGGAUUGGGAUCUUCUAGUUGAUUAAAUUAAUUAAUAAUUAUGCUUACUCUUUGUUAAUAUGAGGAGGUUCUCACAA